AUGCAGGAGUCUCCAGGUGCAAUGGGUGUUGAUGGCGGCUAUGCCAGCAAUGUGCCAGCCUUCCUGACCAAGUUGUGGACUUUGGUGGAGGACCCAGAUACCAACCAUCUCAUCUGCUGGAGUGCCACCGGGACUAGUUUCCAUGUGUUUGACCAAGGACGCUUCGCCAAAGAGGUUCUCCCUAAAUACUUCAAACACAAUAAUAUGGCCAGCUUCGUUCGGCAGCUCAACAUGUAUGGUUUCCGUAAAGUAGUGAACAUUGAGCAAAGUGGUCUGGUGAAGCCAGAGAGAGAUGAUACCGAGUUCCAACAUCUUUACUUUUUACAAGGACAUGAACACCUGCUGGAACACAUCAAGAGAAAAGUUUCAAUAGUAAAGAGUGAGGAAACUAAAGUUCGUCAAGAAGACCUUAGCAAGCUGCUGUAUGAGGUCCAGCUUCUCAGAACACAACAGGACAACAUGGAAUGUCAGAUGCAAGACAUGAAACAACAGAAUGAGGUUCUGUGGAGGGAGGUGGUCUCACUGAGACAGAACCACACACAGCAGCAGAAAGUCAUGAACAAGCUGAUUCAGUUUCUGUUCAGCCAGAUGCAGUCGAACACACCCAGUUCUGUAGGCCUAAAGAGAAAACUGCCCCUGAUGUUGGAUGAUGGUUCCCCUAGCCUUCCUGCCUCUAAGUUCAGCCAUAGUCACCCAAUGGAGCCCAUCCAUGAGCCCUUCUACAUCCAGUCGCCUUCCAAUGAGAGUUCGUCUUGCUCUGCUAGUGGGCUGACAGGGGGACCAAUCAUUUCUGAUGUUACUGAUAUGUCUCAGCCUAGCAGUAUGACCAUCCAGAUGCAGCCUGAUGAGACCAGAGAAAAGUGCAUGAUGCUUAUCAAAGAAGAGCCAGUGAGCCCAGGAGUAAGAGGAGGAGGAAGAGGAGGAGGAGGAGGACGGGAGGCUGUAUCAUUGACUUCCUCCUGUGAGGUUUGCUCCUCAGAACCCCCGGUCCUCCCAGUGGCAAUGGUCCAGUCAGUUCUGGAGGGUCGAGGCUCAGCAGCUUCUUUAGGGGAGAGGAGAAGCAAGAGAGCUGCUCUGGACAGGGUGGAGGUGCCUGAUACUGUGGAAAAUGUGGAUAUGACCCUGGAGGACCUGCAGCACCUCAUCAUGAGGAGUCAUCAGCAGACCACUGUGGAAUCUGGGACCACUGCUGUGAUGGACCCCUUCAGUUUAAGCCUGCCCCUAAAUGAGUGGAACUUUUCAGAGAUGGAGUCGAACCUCAAAUCAUCCAUCCCCAUCCUGGAUCCGCUACAGUUCGUAUACAGAGUCAACAGGUCCACAGAUGAUGCCAUCAACAUGGCUCGCCACUCUAUCCUCCUUUACCUGGAUUCUCCUGAUACCUAUGCCAGCAUCCGAUUUGUGGACAUGAGCUCUGCAUUCAACACAACUCCAUCUGCCCCACUCCACCUGCAAGUGGAUCACUGA